CCCAUCCGCCAGAGCCUCCCAAAGUCUCUCCGCGCGAGCCACCCGCUCAGUUGUUGCGGCGGCUGCGCCUUCUUUGCCUACGCCUUCUUUGCCUACGCCUCGCUACUGCCGCCAUGCCCGGAGGGCUUCUUCUCGGGGACGAGGCUCCCAACUUCGAAGCCAACACCACCAUCGGCCGCAUCCAUUUCCACGACUUUCUGGGAGACUCAUGGGGCAUCCUCUUCUCCCACCCACGGGACUUUACCCCUGUGUGCACCACAGAGCUUGGCAGAGCAGCAAAGCUGGCACCAGAGUUUGCCAAGAGGAAUGUUAAGUUGAUUGCCCUUUCAAUAGACAGUGUUGAGGACCAUCUUGCCUGGAGCAAGGAUAUCAAUGCUUACAACGGUGAUGAGCCCACAGAAAAGUUACCUUUUCCCAUCAUUGAUGAUAAGAAUCGGGACCUUGCCAUCCUGUUGGGCAUGCUGGACCCAGCAGAGAAGGAUGAAAAGGGCAUGCCUGUGACAGCUCGUGUGGUAUUUGUUUUUGGUCCUGACAAGAAACUGAAGCUGUCCAUCCUCUAUCCAGCUACCACUGGCAGAAACUUCGAUGAGAUUCUCAGAGUAGUUAUCUCUCUCCAGCUGACAGCAGAAAAGAGGGUUGCCACCCCUGUUGAUUGGAAGGAUGGAGAUAGUGUGAUGGUCCUUCCAACCAUCCCUGAAGAGGAAGCCAAAACACUUUUCCCUAAAGGAGUCUUCACCAAAGAACUCCCAUCUGGCAAGAAAUACCUCCGCUACACUCCCCAGCCUUAGAUGUGAGAAGCUGAGGCUGUAGCUACUUGCUCAGCAUAGUGAGCCAGAAGAUGCCAGCUGCCAAUCAUGGUCUCCUGCAACAGUUCCAUAAGAACAUCCUAGUGUGAUUCAGCCAAGGUCUUUAGAUUGCUAUACUACUGGCUUAUUAAAUGGAAGUGGCACUAAAAUUUUCUUGGGAUUCUUUACUCUGUGCCUUCACCAGCACUCUGUCCUGUUCAUAUAUCUCAGCAUUCUGCGGCUGGCUAGCUCUCCUCGACAUUUACUCUAUAUUUGAGACAAAUCUUAUUGGAUCUCUGCAGGGUUUAUGAUCAACAAGGUAGUAUUUGUUGAUGGUUGAGGAAGCUUACCUUGCUCCAUCCUCCAUCACAGAAUGACUAUCAUUUUUGUAGCUGUCUUAAUCAAAUCUUCUGUUCCCAUUUUGGAGAGCAACAAAACUUGAAAUUCACCUUCCUCUGUAAAUAAGUGUGUAGUCCAGGGACUCAGAGUAACUCAGAUAUUCUUUAACAUUCAGUCUUUUGAUGAAAGCUGGAGAAGAGAACUUUUCAAUUCUGUAUCUUUCUAGUAGAUAACUAAAAUUCAGGUGGGGGAUAAUAUUUUACCAAAAAAAAUUUUUGUGAUAAAUUUCUGUGAAAGGAGGAAGGCUGCAGAAAAGGCUUCCUUUCUGGGCAGGGAGAUGCACCUGAAGGCAUGAGCAUAGGUGCCAUGUGCCUUUCACCAAGUAUUGCCAUAUAUUAGCCUGCUCUCUGAAGGUUUGUGCAUGGAGAGGAGCACGCCUUGUGAAAAGAGGAGAGGAUAACUGAGAAUGUGUUAUAGUACUCUUCUUGCAGUGGGUUGCUAUUUUCUGGAUUUUGCUUUCUGGGGAUCAAUAAAUAAAAUCCUUUGUUGAAACUGGA